UUCAAGCACUAGAGCGGCGAGUUGUCAGUUCAGACUUAGGCAUUCUGAGGAGUGGUCGUGCGAUGGAGGCUCUCCCUCAUCACGGGUACCUGGAGUUCCACCACGACACCCUGGAGGUGGUGCGGCGGGAGGUGGGGCUGCACCGGCCCGGGGAGAUGGCUGAUGCUGUGAGGAUCCUCGACGACUGGGUCAAACAACAAAAACACUUUCUGAAGAAGAAUAUUGAUCCAGUCUACUUAGAGACGCUGAUAGUGAUGUCCAAGGGUUCUCUGGAGCGUGCCAAGUGUGUUCUGGACAAGAUGUGCACAGCACGGACCCUCGCGCCUCGCUACUUCGACCCUUACGAUGUGGCGAAGGAGUACCAGAUAAUAAAGGGAACAAGUUUUAUCCUGAGUCUUCCGAAGCUAACCGAGGAGUAUUACAGACUGAUGGUGUGGAAAUUCAACGGAAGAUUUCCCCCGAGAAUUGUGGAAGGCGUUUACAAAUUUGUUUUCAGCAGUCUGGAGUACCACAAGCGAUGGGACUACUUCGCCGGCGGGGUGCUCAUCUACGACCUGUCACAGGUAGACCUGGGGCAUAUCAUCACCACACUCGACCUCGUCGAGCUCAAGAACGUCUAUAUGAUCAUAUUAGAAGGCUACGGGGCUAGGAUCAAGAGGAUACAUAUAAUUACAGCAUCAAAACUAGUCUACACCGUGAUAAACUUCUUCAAGCAGUUCCUGACCAAGAAGAUAGUGGACCGUCUGAUGGUGCACGAGAGCUGGGAGGUCCUGCAGCAGUACUACCCCAGACACAUCCUGCCUAAGGACUACGGUGGCACUGAAAGAUCUUUGGAGGAAUUGCGAGAGGAUUUUCUCUCUCGCCUGUCGUCCGCGGAAUGUCAGGAGUACCUCAAGGAGCUGUCGGAGAUGAGAGUGGAUGAAGCCCACCGACCUGUCUCCAGCGCCGAUGACGUCAUCUCCAGCGGCACCUUCAGAGUCCUCAAUAUAGACUAGCUCCAGAUGAGCAGAGUCCUAACAUACUUUGAUGACCGCACUAAGAAUAUUCCACACAAUAUUUUUGUUAAACUAAACAUUCAAUUGAAAUUAUGUUAAGUUAAGUAAUCUAACUCUGAGCAUUGUUUCCAUUGUAACCGU